CUUGGAAAUCGACUGCAUGAAUCAUACGAUAGCCGUUGGAGUGACGGCUUUCCUCUGAGGCCCGGUGUGGUUUUCAAAGAUCUCUAUGUUUACAUCGGCAGUCAGAGAAUCACCUAUAACAUUGGCAUUUUUGCGCGCGCUUGUCGCGGCAUAUUCAAACGAUCGUUGGUGGCUGCGUUUUCUAGUGACCAUCAGUCGUCGUCUCACUUCUUGAAUGUAGAAAUAGUCUUAAACGGAGCUGUAUAUUAUGUGAAUUUCAAUGAUGCGGAUCUGUUUCCGUCUCCGAUCAGACUGGAGAAUCACACGGAUGUUCCGGUGAACUUUCACCAGACCGGCUGUAACGAACAGUUCAUGCAGUCUGUUUUGGAGCCACAUAGCGAAAAACCGUAUGCCUGGGACGACCCGCUUCUUCGUCAGUGCCUUGUCCUGAACGUGUACGACAGUCCAGCCGUGACUUAUGACUUGACGACACUCGGUCAGAACGAGCCGCUCACCUAUGAGAACUACUUCCACAUCGUCGUCGUUUCUCGAACUGGCGUAGACAACUCUAAACCUGAGUUUGCCCUGGAGGCGUUCAGCACCGGAAACGUCGUGUUGCAGCCAAUGGACAAGGAUGCUCGACGACAGUUAUGGCGGUUAACGUCUGACAACAUUUUGGUGAACAUCGGCGUGACAGAGAGGACGCAGGCUUGCCUCAGGGCUACAUCCGACGUCUACUGUUUAGAUUUCGACUACCAUUCGCAACAGAACCGACAUAUGGUUAUUUUAAAGAAACUUUCAGCGUCUCACAAUGACCCGAUCUCGAAAUGGCAAUUCGACAAGGAUGGUGUGCUGAGUUGCCUGACGAUCAAGUCACGUUUUCGAGCGAACAGCAUGGUUUCCGGUAGCAAGGUGAUGCUGGAGGAGUUGCCGGCGGACGAGGAAGCAAAUGAGGGUUUGGUCGCAGGUUCCCCUUGCGAGAUUGAGCAGUUUAUCCGUCGGCGGCAGAAGUCUGGCAGCGGAUAUUUAACAGUGAACAUAGCGCUGGACGGCCCCGCCAGGGUGCUGCGGAUCGCCGACAAGGAUCGACCUGACCACUGUCUCACCGCAUCGACCAUCGUCGACUCCUCCACUCUAUUAAUUACCAGCAGCACCACCACUGACCGUCCUUUCUCGCUCUCUUGCAUCAUCACCCUCCAGUGCCUCGGGGUUUCAGUGAUCGACAGCGAAACUGAAGAGCUGGUUUUCGGCGUCAUGAAUGGUGUGCUGCUGAGUGGUCAUUUCUGCGACGGGAAGUACAACAUGGGCAUCACGGUUGUGGAAAUUCAGGUAAUUUUCGUUGCUUCGUGUACGGGUUUUUCUCGUUCUUUUAACGAAUAUUGAAU